AUUUAUUGCUUUCAAAAAAACGACUGGGUACAAGCGCAAGACCUUUGUUUUUUUUUAUUUAAGUUUUUUUGAAAGUGGGAAACAGCGAAUUUGUAAUCUACACUUACGCUUUCAACGUAAUACUAGUUCAAAAAAUGCAAAGUUCUCAAGUUUCUAGUCUUGUUUACUUGUACUAUAUAUUAAUGUACUCUAUGAAUAUGUCUAUUAGUAAACACGUUAAAAAAAUGUAUUUUGACUCGUGUGUGUUUCAAUAAUAUAUAAAAAAUACUUUUUAUUUGUGUAUAUAAUUAAUAUUAAAAUGUUAAAAUAACGAGUCGAUGUUACCUACCGUCGCAAUAACAAAUUUGUAGGUUAGGUAAUCCUCCGCUCACGUUAUGUACAGAAAAUUAUGUCAGCCUGCUUCAAAAUGCGUGCAGUUAAUUGGUUUGACGCAAGUUUCUUUUGCAUCACACCUUUCCGAUGUUUGUGGACCGCUUCUAACGAUUAGAGGGAAAGGGAGGCGUUCGGCAUGCGCGUACAACAAAUACCUGAGUGUUUCGGCAUGUCGCUGUGCAAAAGACGACAUAAAGUCAGAACAGGCACUCGUAGUGAGAGACAUGUUUCAAGACGUGAAAGAUAAAGACAAAGCCACCUACAUGACCAUGAUCAAAAUAUUUGUGGCGCGGGAUGUCCAUAGAAGAGGACAUGUCGAAUUUAUUUAUUCGGCAAUGAAGCACAUGGAAGAAUUUAAUGUCCACAAGGAUUUGGAGGCUUACAAAUCUUUGAUUGACAUCCUGCCUAAGGUAAAGUUUAUCCCAACAAACAUUUUUCAGGCCGAAUUCAUGCACUAUCCAAAACAGCAGCAGUGUAUAAUUGAUGUUUUAGAAAUGAUGGAAGACAAUGGGGUGAUGCCGGACCGCGAGAUGGAGCGGAUGCUGGUGAACAUCUUCGGGCUGAAGGGCCACCCGCUGCGCAAGUACUGGCGCAUGAUGUACUGGAUGCCCAAGUUCCGGAACCUGUCCCCCUGGCCGCUGCCCAACCCCGUGCCCGGGGACGCGCUGGAGCUGGCGCGUCUCGGCAUCCAGCGCAUCAGCAGCGUCGACCUGCAGACCGAGCUGAAGACGUACCAGACGGCCGACCUGGAGGACUCGCUGGAGGACACGUGGGUGGUGAGCGCGCAGAGCCCGCGCCAGAGGCAGCUGCUGGAGGCCCAGCCGCCCGGCACGCCCGUCUACGUCGAGGGGGCCUUCCGCCUGUGGCUGCGCAACCUGUCCAUCGGCUACUUCGUGCUGAGGGCGGACCCCGGGCCGACGCGUCGGGCCACGCGGGACCCCGACGACGUGGCGUCGCUGAGGGUGCCGUUCUUCGGCGCGCCGGCGGGGGAGGAGGGCGGGGAGCGCUCCGUGCACGAGCAGGAGGAAGGCACGGUGCUGGCCGUGUGCGCGACGGGCACGUCCGGCCGGGACUCGCUGCUGUCCUGGGUGCGGCUGCUGGAGCGGGACGGCAACCCGGCGCUCGGGCGCCUGCCGGUGGUCUUCAGGCUGCGGGCUCCCUCGCUGGGCGUCGCCCCCCACGACGAGCCCGGGCCCGGCCCCUGACCGGGGGACUCCGCCCCCGCGCGCUCCCGGCCCCUCGCUUCGGUCCCUCGUCUGCUGCAGGCCGGCGCGAGCUCUAGUUUCCGAUAGCGAGUGUCGACUUCAAAUGUUCGAAAUGUUUGCGAGGUGGAAUCAGAUCACGAUUAUUGUUCUUGGUAAAACUGUUCUCCCGGAUUGAAACAAAAAGAAAAAAAUCAUCAUUUAACGUUUGAACUGAUUAACCAAUAUUGUGUCCUCUGUGUAACGUCAUUCAGUAACAAAUUAUAAAAUAACCAUGCUUAGUAUUAAUAUUUCAAAUUUCAUAAAAGCAAUCAAAAUUGCCAGUUUUUUUUUUUUUUUUUUUUUUACCGACUUUAGUCCACCAAAACAUAUACAAUUAUGUAAAUUUUUUUUUUUUCUUCCCAUGAUUGAAUCUUGGGCUCUCGAUGUUUUUCAAGCCUUACAACAAAUGCGAAGCUUUGCAGCACAACCGAAGCUUCAAAUGAAACAAAAUAGAUAAUAUCCUUGCAAAGCGAAAUGGAGUAUUAAGCGAGAGCUUCAAUUGAUUCGCUUAGUCGAUGCUUCGCACCGGCCUAGUAAGUUGUGCUGCUUCACAUCUCGCCGGUAGCUCGUCGGCCAUGGCUCGCCAGACGUCCACAGGUACCGAAAGUCGCGAUAAAGUAACUAAAUGUAUAUUAAUAAAAGAGCGAGUUUGCUGUAGUUUACUUAGCACUGAGACAGUGAGGACAGAACCGUGAAAUUUGACGCAUUGAUUCGACAUGGUCUGUUUACACCUCUUUUGUUGUAGUAUUUUGUUAUACAUAGUUUCUUUAUUUAAUUUUUUAAUUUUUGUUUUUCUUGUUAUCUUCUGGCAUCAGAUGUAGCAUUGUUGAUGCUUUAUUAACAUUCGGAUAUUAAUCCAGUCCUUCUGUAAUCUUUUCCAUCAUAUUGACAUGUUAUUGGUUAAAUAAACAUGUACAGUAGAACCCUGUUAUAAUGUUUUUCAAGGGAGCACAAGAAAAAAACAUUAUAAGCAGGAAAACGUUAUAAGCAGGAAAUCUCAAUUUAGCAGUUAACAAUGUUGGAGCUUUGUACCAAUGGACUCACCAAGCUAUGUAAAAAACUUUAAUGUUAAAACCAAAGAUAGUAUACUUGAUACAUGAAUUUUCUGAAACAAGCCAACAAUUUUUCAACUUCGUCUUGUUCCCUGGUUAAAUUUUGUUUGUCUUUAAAGAUACACUGCCACAUUUUUUGUAAAAUUAUCUCACGAUUCAUGAUGACAACAUUAAGAGUGAGAAUGUCUACUCCUUUGCCGCCUGAAAAUGUUUAAUUUUGGGAUUCCUACAUAUUAUGAAUGAAAAAAAAAAAUUAUUUGUAAGCAAUAGAAAAGUUAUGCCCUCGCUCAAUGGUUGGCAAUUUAAAUAUCGUAGGACUAUGUACGUGCAUCUGAAUACCCACCUGGACUGGCAAGGAAGAGAAGAGUUGACUAUCUUUGGUUUAUGUGUUUUCCCUCUUGUAGUAUUUAUAAUGAUUUAUUAGAUUUUAAAAAAAAAGGCACGGUGGCAUACCAAUGAGGAGGGGCGUGUGUGUUGAACGACCAGAGCGAGUAAGUUCUUCCCAAUUGAAUGCCUUAGCCAAGAAUCUAGUCAACUCGACAGAUUAGGAAAGUAUGCAGACGGAGCAUUAGCCGUCGGAAGUGAAGCCGCUUUUCCCCUCUCUUUUUGAUGUGACAACGUCUAAUAAAUCGAUGAACGCUGGCUGCACGCACGAAAAGUUGUCCCACUACGGACGUGUCCUGUUUACACAUGCGUGGCAUCUCUCUGGUAUGUUGCGGACGGUACAGAGAACUCGGCCGGUACGUGGCGGCGUACUGCUCAGGUUUCACCCCGCCAUGCUGCAGGGAUAGGUGGGUCGCGCCUGUUGGAUCACGCCUGCGCAUGUCGCCACACACGGCUUGGGGCAGACGACAACACGGCGGGGUUCGAGGUUAUUGUUGUGCACCGCGCCACGGGAGUAUAUUCGCAAGGAAAUGGCGUUCUUACAAGUACGUAUUAUUUUAAUUACUAGUGUAAAUCAGUAUAUUUAAACAGUGUUGUAUGAGUAUUGUUUUAGCUGUGUAACUAAAUAUUUAUUGCUGGUAUGAUACUUUUCACGCUUUAGUUUGACAUUGGUAAUUAUUUGUCAUGAGUUAUUAUUUGAUCAACUAAAUCACACACCGUAUUAUAGUUAUGAGCCCACGAGCGUGUCAAAAUUUCGAGUCCAACAGAGAAUAUGCUAGUUAAAGACAUUCAAACAAAUAUCGUGCAUGGAAUAUUAUUAAUUUAUAACAUCUGAAACAUUUGAUUCCAAUAUGGCCUCGUGGCUGUGCGGUUAGUAUCGCUGACUACCAAUGGAUAGGUUGACCGAUCAAAUCCCGGCAGCUGAAAUUUUUUUUGUACUUGUAAAAAUAAAUACGGCGCGCACGACACUUCAAAAGUAAUAAGUAUAUUUGAAUUAAUGAAUGCAAAUAAAAGUAAAUUUACUAA